AUGGCAGAUAUAGACGAUGACGAAGCCCCUCCAGCACUGGUGGAUGUCUCUCAGAUCCCCGAUGUGGAACAGCAAGAGGCAGAUGCACCGCCGGAGAGUCGGGUGCCUAUUACGCUUGUAACCGGGUAUCUUGGCGCAGGAAAGACUACACUGUUAAAUUACAUCCUCAAUGAAAAACAUGGCAAGAAGAUCGCCGUGAUAAUGAAUGAGUUCGGUGACUCCACGGACAUCGAGAAGCCAUUGACGGUAAACCAGGAUGGCCAAGAAGUCACCGAGUGGAUGGAAGUCGGCAAUGGUUGCAUCUGCUGCUCAGUUAAAGACUCUGGCGUAAUGGCUAUUGAGUCUCUCAUGGAGCGCCGAGGCACAUUCGACUAUAUCCUGCUGGAAACAACCGGCCUUGCCGACCCUGGCAACAUCGCGCCUGUAUUCUGGGUCGACGAUAACCUCGGCAGCUCCAUUUACCUAGACGGAAUCGUUACUCUUGUCGAUGCGAAGAAUAUCUUACAUCUUCUAGAUGAGCCCACUCCCGAGGAGACUGUGUCCAGUCACGAAAAAGAAGGCCAGGACCAUACCCAUUCGGGACCCGUGCUAUCCAUGGCCCACAUGCAAAUAUCGCAUGCAGACGUGAUCAUUCUGAAUAAGGCUGAUCUCGUUACUCCGGAGGAACUCAGAAAAGUCAGAGAGCGAGUGCAAGCCAUCAACAGUGUCGCUAAGAUCCAUGUUACAGAUCACAGCAAGACACCCCAGAUUGAAGGCGUUGUGUUGGAUCUGCAUGCCUACGAUCAUUUGGCUAGUCUGGAUUUUGGUGAGAAGGGACAUAGCCAUAUUGAUCCGGCCAUCUCGACGAUCGCAAUAACAACCCCUCCCAUUCCGUCUGAAAAGAUCCCCCUCGUAGAUGCCUGGCUUCGCUCCGUCCUUUGGGACUCUUCUCUGCCACCUGCGGAAUCUCAACCUGGGUCUCAGUCUCGUCCGAUUGAUUUCGAUAUCCACCGCCUCAAGGGCAUAUUAAUCACAAAGGAUGAUUCCAGCAGGGUUAUUCAGGCAGUCCGAGACGUAUUUGAAAUCCGGGAUGCUGAGCCAACGUCAUCAGAUGAAGGCCAGAAGCAAUGUAAGAUUGUUCUUAUUGGCCGAGGACUUGGGUCGGAUGCACAGCCGUGGCAAAGGAGCUUUGAAGCUGUCUUGGAGAGGAACGAGUAG